AGAAUGAGGCGGACAAUUGUUUUUUUCUUCGUAAUUUGUAUAAUAAUUCUUUGCUCGUCCUUGGACGGGCAAGAGGAAUCCGGGGCCACUCCGACCCGAGGCCCACCUUCUGAAGAUGAUGAGAUGUACCGCCAACUCUCACCAGGAGCCUUCUUUGCCAUGAAGGACAAUGUUGCCAUGGGCACUGGUAUGGGGCCUAUGGGGCCGGGUAUGGGUCCAGUAGGGCCUGGUAUGGGUCCAGUAGGGCCUGGUAUGGGGCCUAUGGACCCUGCGGGCCCUGGUAUGGGGCCUACGGGACCUGUGCGCCCUAUUAUGGGGCCUAAGGGGCCUUUGGGGCCUAUGAAGCCUGGUAUAACGGAUACCCGAGACGGCAAAAAAGGCUACGAACAUUUCGACCUGUCUAUACUCGAUGACAUUGCCAGGAAAUCUCAGUAUUCGGAUAAUUUUGGCGUAACUGACGUACUGCAUGUGCAAGGGCUCGAUGUGAACAGGCUCAUCUAUAAUUUAUGUUACUGCCUCUCAUACAUCUGGCGACGUGGACGUCUAAGUAUUCGCAAAUACUAUCACUUGCGAGAUAUAUAUUCAAACCAUUUGCCGUUUGAGGUCGGCUACAUCACUCAUGUCAUAAUGGUAAAAUAUCAAAACAUGUUGGAACUCUAUCAGUACUGCAAUUCAAAAGUGGCAAAGAACAAGACAGAUAAGGAAUACAUAACACGGAUGCAUCUGGUGCACUUCCAUCACUCGAUAGAACAGGGCAGGCGGGAGAUUGAACAUCUGUGCAAUAUGCUUAAUGAGCUGACGAAGAAAUACUCGGUUAAGCCCUACGACCCGGUGAACAAGUUUGACAUUCCGCCCCCGGGUUACGAUGACAAGGAUUCGGCCGAGAGAUCCGGGAAGGGAGGGAGGGCCGGGAAGGGCAGGAAGACCCCUAAACCAAAAGCAUACCUCGCCCAGAAAGUGGAAGAGGUACACAAACUGCUCGACCAGGAGAUGGAAAAGAAGAAGAGGCAGAUGCUGAUUGCAAGAGAGUACUUCAAGAAACAUGGACGCUAUCCAACCACCACUCGGACCCAGCAGCCGCUGAGGCUUUGGUCACCGAACCUGGAUUACGAGUGGUCCGACGAGGGCGAAUGGUGAUUGGUGACGUCACUGAAACGAAUAUAAAUGACAUAAUAAAAUUAAAUAAAAUUCUU